GUCAUUGCGUACGUAGGAAACCCAGAGAUGACCAGCUAUAAAUACCCCAUAAUUAAGCUUACCUUAAACCAUAAAACCAAGAGCAAAACCAUGACGAAGAGGAUUGCAGUUGUUACGGGGGCCAACAAAGGGAUAGGAUUUGAAAUAUGUAAGCAGCUUGCUUCAAAUGGGGUCAAGGUUAUAUUAACUGCUAGAGAUGAGAAGAGGGGCAAUGAAGCUGUUGAAAAACUCAAAUCUGCUGGAUACUCCGAUGUGAUUUUUCAUCAACUUGAUGUGGUGGACAAGGCUAGCAUUUCUUCUUUUGCAAAUUUCAUCAAAACCCAGUUUGGGAAGCUUGACAUAUUGAUAAAUAAUGCAGGGAUUGGUGGAGCCAUAAUCAACCCAGAAGAUCAAGAGGGCUUGAAACAGGGGUAUAAUAAAAUUAUUGGUUCAAAUCCCGGACCCUUGGAGACAGUUUUUAAGCAAACUUAUGAAACUGCCUCGGAUUGUCUGAGAACAAAUUAUUAUGGGAUCAAGCAAGUGAUCAAAGAACUAAUUCCGCCUCUUGAAUUAUCCAAUUCAGCAAGAAUAGUAAAUGUCUCCUCCGGCUUCGGACAACUGAAGCUUAUUUCAAAUGAGAAUGCAAGAAAGGAGCUAGAAGAUGCAGAUGGUCUCACAGAAGAGAAAGUGGACAAGGUGGUGGAAGGGUUCUUAGAAGAUGCCAAGGAGAAUUUGAUACAUGUCAAAGGCUGGCCUACAAAUUAUUCUGCUUAUAUUGUCUCCAAGGCAGCUGUGAAUGCUUACACGAGAAUUCUGGCUAAGAAGUAUCCCAACAUUGCCAUUAACGCAGUUCAUCCUGGCUUUGUCAAGACGGAUCUCAAUGGAAACACUGGGGUCUUGACUGUUGAAGAAGGAGCAAAAGGUCCUGUCAUGCUGGCUUUGACGUCUGAAGGUGGACCUUCCGGCCUAUUCUUUGAUAAGACGGAAGUGUCAACCGAAGACGUCAUUGCUUACGUAGAAAACCCAGAGAUGACCAGCUAUAAAUACCCCAUAAUUAAGCUUACCUUAAACCAUAAAACCAAGAGCAAAACCAUGACGAAGAGGAUUGCAGUUGUUACGGGGGCCAACAAAGGGAUAGGAUUUGAAAUAUGUAAGCAGCUUGCUUCAAAUGGCGUCAAGGUUAUAUUAACUGCUAGAGAUGAGAAGAGGGGCAAUGAAGCUGUUGAAAAACUCAAUGCUGCUGGAUACUCCGAUGUGAUUUUUCAUCAACUCGAUGUUGGGGACAAGGCUAGCGUUUCUUCUUUUGCAAAUUUCAUCAAAACCCAGUUUGGGAAGCUUGACAUAUUGAUAAACAAUGCAGGGAUUGCUGGUGUCAUAAUGAACGCAGAAGAUCGAGAGGGCAUAAAACAAGGGUGUGAGAAAGUUAUAAGUGGAAAUCCUGAAUCCUUGGAGACCGUUUUUAAGCAAACUUCAGAAACUGCCUCGGAUUGUAUAAGAACAAAUUAUUAUGGGACGAAGCAAAUGAGCAAAGAACUAGUUCCACUUCUUCAAUUAUCCAAUUCAGCAAGAAUAAUAAAUGUCUCUGCCUCCUUAGGACAGCUAAAGCAUAUCCCAAAUGAGAAUGCAAGGAAGGAGCUAGGAGAUGUAGAUGGCCUCACAGAAGAGAAAGUGGACAUGGUGGUGGAAGGGUUCUUAGAAGAUGUGAAGGAGAAUUUGAUACAAGUCAAAGGCUGGCCUGCAAAUUUUUCUGCUUAUACCGUCUCCAAGGCUGCUUUGAAUGCUUAUGUAAGGAUUCUUGCUAAGAAGUAUCCCAACAUUGCCAUUAACUCAAUUUGUCCCGGCUAUGUCAAGACGGAUCUUAAUUACAACAAUGGGGUCUUGACUCUUGAAGAAGGAGCAAAAGGUCCUGUCAAGCUGGCUUUGAUGCCUGACGGUGGACCUUCCGGCCUAUUCUUUGAUCAUAAGACAGAAGUCCAAACGUUUUAAUUGAUAACUGGUGCAAUAUAUACAAUAUAGUUGCUCAUUUUCAUGUCACAUUUGUAGUAAUUUCUUUGGUUCUUGCAAUUGUUUUACUUUUCGAUCACUUGCAUUGAAUAAAAGUUUCCUAUGUUACCUGUUGAGAAA